GCUGUAUGCAUACCAACAGAAAAAGUAACCUCAGAAUGAAAAUGUGAAGAUACCUGAGAUGGAGUUGGGCUGCUGGAGAGUGGAGGAAGAGAGAGUAGUGGCUGGAUUUGGACUGCCGGCAGCGGCUGGAGUGGCUGGACCACCUGCGAGGAGUGGAGCUCAAGCCUCAAUGAUCGUUGGAUGCUGGAGAACAGAGAAGAGGUGCGAUCUGAAAGUGCAGGGUUUAAUGAAGAAGCUUAAGGAGAGAAAGCAACGGCUGGAGCUGGAGAACAGAGGAAAGAUCGACGGCUGUUGGAGAAAAUAGGAGAGGCACGAUAUGAAAUUGCAGGGUUAAGUCAAGAAGAAGCCACCCCCAAGCAAAACGAUGUCGUUUAGGCUGGGGAAUCUUUUUUUUUUUUUUUUAUUCUUGCAUAAUGUACCGGUCAAAUUUCGGUGUAUCAGUCGGUACCCAAAAUUUGGUUGGUACAUCAAAAUUUGACCUGUACGCUUGAAAUUUGAUCGAAACGAAAUUUUAACUUAUUCUGUUUUUGUUAACCUCCAAAAUCGGUACAUACCGGCCGUACCGACCAGUACAAUACAGUACCAACUACUUUGGUUUAUUGGCCUAUAGAAGUAUUUCUUUUUGUCUAGACCAAUUGUAAUGUGCCUCUUUGCCAAAAACCUAAUAUAAUAUUGAAAAUUCU